AUGACCGCUGGUUCUAUUUCAACUCCAUAUAUAAUCCCAUUGCGUGUUGGACAAACUCAAAAAUUUUUAAUUGACACAAACACAUUGAUUGAAAUACGUAGUGAUACACACGAUGUAGAUAUUUAUUAUACAUUAGAUGGUUCUAAACCAGAUGCAUUUAUAACCUUAACAGCACGACGUGCGACUAUCGCAUAUAAAAAACCAUUUUAUAUUCCACGAGAGAGAGCGUCUGCAGGCAAAGUAACAAUUAAAGCUAUUGCUGUAUCACGUGAUGGCAUUCGAGAAAGUAAUGUUGUAACAAAAGUAUUUGAUGUUAAAAUUGUUCCAACAGAUCAUGUACGAUCGGACGAAUACGAAAAUAGAUAUCUACAUGAACUACAACAAGAACGACAGGAUUUGAUGGCACAAAUUCAAAAUGAAAAUGAACGAAUGCAUCAAAAUUUAUCUGAAUCAUUGCGUCGUUCAGCAAUAGAUUCAUUCGUACAAGAAAAUCCAUCUCCUUAUCGACACCCAUACCCCUCAACACCAUCAACUCAUCUUCCACAGCAAGCCAAUGUUUUAAGAUGUGCACAUUGCUAUGCACCGAAAACCACUGAUUCAUAUACAAGAUUUUGCACAGAAUGUGGUUUACCAUGGCAAAAACUAACCAACAAUCCACCGGAGCCUAAUUCAACUAAAAUAUGUUCAAAUUGUAAAUCUACAAUUCCGUUUAAUUCUAAUUCAUGUGUUGUAUGCGAAACACGAGCGCCAAUAGAGCCACAACAGCGUCCGACGAGCAAAACUCAGGCAACAGUUUUAUGUCCACACUGUAAAUUAGCGAAUCCAACACAUUUACGAACAUGUUAUAUUUGCGAAUGUGCAUUACUACCAACAACGACACCACCGGAAAAACGAAGUGUAGUGUCCGUUCCAACAAUACCGAAACCAGCAGAGAAUAGAACAAUGAUGACUUGUUCGAAAUGUUUGCGUUUGAAUAACCCGGAAGCUCGUUUUUGUGAUUGGUGUGGUGCAUAUCCGGAGCAGCCGCUUACGCCAGUACAAUGUACUAAAUGCCACGCUAAUAAUGAUCCAUGUGCAAAAUUUUGUUCAACAUGCGGAUGCGUUAUUGAACCUCCAUUGCGCAUUGUUGAUACACGUCUUAGAAAUGAUUCAAAUCUUUCAUCUUCGUCAAUGAUUGCGAGUACGUUAACACGUCAGUCGGCUAGUCCAGUAUGGCUUAAUGCAAGUACAGCAUUGACUCGUUAUCAGCAGCCGUCAUCGACGAGAAAACAUGAGGCUGCAACGCAGACCUAUGGCAUUUAUUAUCCAAGUGCAAAAGAUAUCGACCUGAUAAUUACACAAAAUAAAAAACUAUUAGAUGAACAAGAAUUGAAAGAAUAUCGUCCCGUAUUAACAUCGACUAGUCCUGGAAAGGGAUAUUGGCGACAACAAUUAGAUCAUGUUGCAGCGCAUCUAAGAGCCUAUGCAGUCAAUCAGCCAGAUUUUCAAGCAUUGAUUGGCGAACCUCGUUUGGGUAAAAUGAUUCAUGCAACUGUUCAUGAAAAUGAAUAUCAAGUAACUGUUCAAGCAGUAUUUCAAAAGCCACAAAAUCUCGCUCAAUCAGCCUUCUUUCACAAUGAAACAAAUGAUUAUGAUCCAACGCGCACUGGAAGAAGUUCAGCGUUUUCAAAUUCCUUUGAUUCUGACAGCGAAUAUUCGAGAGAACAACCACACAAAACAAAAGUUAAACAUCAUGGCAAAAAACGACCAAAAUCAGCUAAUCUGCCUAAAACUGAUAGUCCAAAAUAUGCAUUAAUCGAGCUGCUUGAGAAAAAAAGUAGUGAAUACAAUAAAAAAUCAUCACAUAGAAUUGACGUAUUGGACGAAGUGCAACGAUUACUGAAUAAAAAUGCGAAUCCCAAUACGAAAAAUAAGGAUGGUUAUAGUGCUCUACAUUUGGCUGUGAUAAAUGGACAUCAUGAAUGUAUAGAAACACUUAUCAAAGAUGGAGGAGCUAAAAUAGACCAAAGAGGGCCACGAGGCAAUACAGCAUUACAUGAAUGUUGCUUAUUGGAAGCUGAUGGCGCGGAACCAUUAAGAAUUCUUCUCAAGCAUGGAGGCGAUCCAGCAUGGUUGAACGAUAAAAAGGAAAGUGUGGUUGACCUAGCAACAAGAAAAAAUCAUCAAGAAUUACUGCAAGUUUUUGUAAAGUAUCAUGGUGAUAAAAUGAUUCAAGAACAAACGAAAAGCUAUUACGAUGAUCGUGCUCGAACAAAACCUGUUUAUGGUUAUCGUUCAUCAGAAAAAUCGUAA